UCAGUAACACGCGACUGUUUGCAGCCGUCAGUCGACUCCGGGCGAAGGACACUGAUGUAAGAGCAUGAAUCUCACAGCCUCUUAAGAUUCACACUGAGUCCAAACUCCUCUUUCUGUGGGUCUGUCCAUUUAAAGGAAACAGGAACAGGGUUUGGUCGGGCGGAGUCCAUGAGGCCACGUUUGAACAGACAAGCAGGAAGGAAGCGAGAGGAGCUGCAGCUGAGGUGCGAAGGAGAAACAGAUUUGUUAGAGUGAUUUCUCCUCCUCUUCAUCCCCACACCGUUCACAUUGUACUGUGAGUAUCUGCUGCCAACACACAGCCUGGGAUACAUGCCGUCUCUGAGCUAGAUCUACUUUCUGAUCUGAGUCAUGGAUGUGGCAGAUUCCUGAGCAGAAAGGAUGACAUCAGAGGCCGCGGUCUCCACACCUGCUGCCAUAAGCAGCACACCCGCCAAUAGGGACUACUACUGGGUUCGCUCCUUUGUAGCUGGAGGUGUGGCAGGAUGCUGUGCCAAAAGCACCAUCGCUCCUCUGGACAGAGUCAAAAUUCUUCUCCAAGCCCAGAACCCCCAUUACAAACAUCUAGGAGUGUUUUCCACUAUCCGGGCCGUGCCAAAGAAAGAAGGCUUCCUUGGCUUGUACAAGGGUAACGGGGCAAUGAUGGUCAGGAUAUUUCCGUAUGGAGCCAUCCAGUUCAUGGCCUUUGACAAAUAUAAAAAGCUGCUACGUAAACAGAUAGGAAUCUCUGGACACAUCCACCGCCUUGUGGCCGGCUCUAUGGCAGGGAUGACCGCGGUGAUAUUCACCUACCCCCUGGAUGUGAUCCGAGCCCGACUGGCCUUCCAGGUGACAGGAGAUCAUCGCUACACCGGCAUUGCCAACGCCUUCCACACCAUCUACCUUAAGGAGGGGGGCGUUUUGGGUUUCUACAGGGGACUUACUCCAACACUUAUCGGAAUGGCCCCUUAUGCAGGGUUCUCGUUCUUCACCUACGGCACCCUGAAGACCCUCGGCUUGAAGCAUUUCCCAGAACGGCUGGGACGCCCCUCCUCAGACAACCCCGACGUCCUCGUCCUGAAGACCCACGUCAACCUGCUCUGCGGAGGCGUUGCUGGUGCCAUCGCUCAGACAAUAUCGUACCCGUUGGAUGUGGCUAGGAGAAGAAUGCAGUUAGGAGCCGUGCUUCCUGACUCUGAGAAAUGCGUAUCACUGAGCAAGACCCUGAAGUACGUGUAUAAUGAGUACGGGAUCAAGAAGGGAUUGUACCGAGGCCUUUCUCUCAACUACAUCCGCUGUGUCCCCUCCCAAGCUGUGGCCUUCACCACCUAUGAGUUCAUGAAGCAGACCCUCCACCUGAACUAGCCGCUGUUUUUAAUCGUCCAGCUCUGCAGACCCUGCACCCGGGCCCGCACCGAGACAUUAAGCAGCUCAGCCUCAAUGCUUCCUUCACAGAGUGAUCCGAGACUCGCUCUGGCUACGUCUUAAACUCUUCAUUGUGGGCUUUGCCUUUUUCCUUGAGUUCACUGAAGGCACCAGGGAAGUCACUUUAAUGCCGACAAAGGAAACCGGAUAUCAAACAAUAAGGUACUCCGUGUCUGUCCUGUUCCAGUCCCUCUUACUUCCUGUGACUUGCCGGCUCUUAAGAGUUGAUUAACUCAACCACACGACAAGUGGCUUAAAUUUGGUUGGACGGCUUGAGGCUGGUUGAUAUGCUCUUCAACAAUGUUGCCGACAACACAGAAGCAUCCCUCUGAUUGUGUAGCAGCCCCCUCCUCAUUCAGACAUCAGAAACACACACACAAACACACACACACACACACCUCUCUUUUUAAUUUUAUGACGGACGCCUGCUUAAAUGGCUGAUUCAUUAUUUCCAUCGGUUUCCUGACAAAGUUUAGUCAUAUGUAUUUAUUUAAAUAGUAAACACUUCAGUUCUACAGCUACACGUCUUUAUUGUCUAAUGUGUCUUCAUUUGUACGGACUUGGCUCUUGUUGAAAGGUUGCUAUAAUCAUAAAUAAUAAUAGUGACAGUAAUUAUAAUCGGAUGUGUCAUAAUGUUUUGUUUAUAUGUGGUUUAUUAUAUUUUUGAAUUUGAGAUGACUGUAAUGUUUGGAGAAGUUUCUGUUUGUGAGUCUUUGCCUUUGUCUUCAACAAGAUGAAUAUAAAGCACUAGCUGCAGGGUUAAAGAUGUGAAAGAUGCAGUGUCCUGUGUUGCACAUCAUUUCAGUUUUCAUUCUCGAGGCAACUUCCCUUUUAAUUGCCAAACAUUGCAUUGGGUACUUACUGUAUGUGUUUUACUUUGCUGCUCUCCGAUGUUUAGUGUGUAGCUGUGAUCAGAAUGAGUUGUUUGAGAGUGUUUCAGAUGUUUUGACAUGACAUGGAUGUAGGUUCGUCAUGUCUGGAGGGAUCUCAGGAGAAAUUUGCCCUUCAUGACUAUAGGUGUUUCUUUGUGUAUUUAUUCAAUAGGGACUUGUUGCCACCGGGUGGCAGCAUUGAAUAUAAAUUGAAUUGUUUACCAUCAGAGCUGAUACAACACUCACACAUAUUUCACUCUUCUUUUAUCAAAUACAUUUUAGGCUCUUUGAGAUUCAUUUAUUUUUUGGGGUUUUGCUUAACCAAAGAAGGUUGUCAGAUAUUGAACAUUAUAUUUGCAGCUAAAACACUGUUUGCAUUUAGGAAGGCUGAACAUUAACUGAAUGAAAGUGUUGUGUAUUCACAUCACUUUGCUGAACAAGCAGCCUCAUUUUUUGAGCCUCUUGCCUUCUUCUGCUUUUAACGUCUUACUUCACCGGAGUGAUUGAGAUUGAGUUUAUCCUCAUGCUUCAGUUGCUGCUUCAGCCUUUAGAUGGCCGUAUAGUGUCGAUGCCUUAGAACUGUGGUUUCCAACCUGUAUGGCCUGUGACACUUUAAAAAUGUUUGUCCACGGGGGUGUGUUAACAGCCCAGCCCCUCUUUCCUUUUCAAGUGGUUCCAUUUAAUUUUCCUUUAUCCAUAGAAUAUCCAGUAAUUCCAUUCACUUGACUCUAAAAAAAGAAUUUACGACAUACUCUCAGGCACCAGGUUCCUGAAUUACAAAGCAGCAACAUUUCAAAGUUUUUUUUAAAUGUGUGAAGAGGGUGUGUUCGAGCUCGAAUGGUGAAUGGUGCACGGACUGCAUUUAUAUAGCGCAUAUCUCGUCUUAUCGACCAAUCAAAGCAAUUUUACGACACAAGCCACAUUCACCCAUUAACACAAUUCAUACACUGUCUGCAAAGCCGUCAGGGACAAUUUGGAGUUCCGUUGGCAUGCAGACUGGGGGAACUGUGGAUUGAACCGAAGACCUCGUGGUUAGUGGACGACCCACUCUCCCCCCUGAGCCACAGCCGCUCAAAUGGUCAGUUUAGUUGCUGUUCAAUCAUAUUGUGACCACUCGGUUAUCAUUGUGUGACCCAUUGAAAGGGGUCGAGACCUCCAGGUGGGAAACCACUACCUUAGAUCCUACAAAUAAAUAGAGAAUUCACACAGACAAACUUUGAAAGCUUUUCACUGAAGAAGAGGUUUGGUGUGAAAAAGGCUUCAGGCCCUCCUCAGUCCAAAGGUUGUCACUCAUCAAACUGCUUUUAAAAAACCUACAAACAUCUGAUCCCGAUAAACUUAGGAUGAGAAUUAGAAAUCAAGCAGUUCAAAAAAAUCUAUAGUCACAUUUUGAUGCAAUUUGCACGAAUGACCUUGCAAACCAUUAAAAUGAAAAUGUUCAUUGGCAGCUUCACACCUCUCGAUGAACGAACGUCUGAAGAUCUCAGAAGUUAUGAUUCUGCCAGUUCACCUUGGAAAGUGCUCGUAAUAAGAGACGUUGAUGCAACUACCGAUCUGCAGACGUAUGUAACUGUAACAAAUGGACUGCAGCAUCCGACUAUGCUCUCCACCUGUCUGAGCUUAGGAUAUAAUUACUUUUGUGUCAGUGCUGUAUACACCAGCUUCCAGUCACUGUUCAUUGAUUUCUGUGUUUGGUUUCAAAUACAUGGUCUUUCAUUGUAAUUGUAAUUUUGCACAGUCUCGUAUCAGACCAGCUCCAUUCCUGCUGCUUCACUGUAAACAGAUUGUUUUAUAAGACGAGGGAUAUUCAAUACAUUCACACGUAGAAAUGUACAAUAUGUCGCUGUACAGCUUCAUCUGUUAGAUAAAAUGCCUGUUUUUGUUUCAGUGACUUUACAUGUGUAAAAACAACUUCAAGCCUUGCAUCUUUAUUUUGUCAAUGAAUAUGAGCUGAAUGAUCUUACCUCUGUUUUUUUUUUACUGAACGAGAAGGUGCAGUAACUUGGAUUUUAGAAAAUAAUAUCCGAGAGUAAAACAUAGUGAUGCAUUUCACACUUUGUGUCUCAAACCCCUGUUAAUGUCGGUGGACUCUAAAACCACAAACGGACUGUAAAGCAUUUGCAUUAAUUUCACUGCAGCUGGGAUACACUACCUGUUGUUGCUUGAUGUCACACACUGAUUUGACUGGUAAAUGUGAUGUGUAAAAAAAAACAAAACAAUGUACGUACAAAUGUUCUUUGAUGAAUUUCAUCACCACAUCAUCUGUUAAAUACAGUUAACCCGAAUGAAAA